GGGUAGGGCCCUUGGCUUUUUUUUUUUUUUUUUAGUUCCACAGGUGAUUUUGAUGUGUAAUACAGGACAAAAGUCCCCAAUAGUGGUAGAGAGUCGAUAUCUGGGACAUUGUCAAAGAAUUAAAAAACAAGGUUGUAUGUUAUCAGACAGAUUCUUUUCCUGAACAUUGAAGGAAUACUAAUAUUUUGAAUUUAUUGGUCUCCUAUAGAAUAAAUUUGGCCAUUCUCAGGAAUUGCUGGGAGCUAUUCAACUACUGCAAAAUUAUUUUCUCCAGAUAUUGUAGCCAUGUUGAUAUUUGUAUAGUUUGACCAGAUUUCCCUAUUUUAAUAUUUUCAAUGUCUUUAAUUCCUUUUCCUUCCUUCUUCUUUGUUUCUGAAAUGCCAAGUUGUCCAUUUUCAUGUUUUUAAUUCAGUGUAGAGUUGGGUUAAUAUGGCCCAUAACUUUUUGGAUGGCUAUGUGCUUUGCAGUAGUCUAGGCGGAAGACUGAUAGAAUCUUUUAUUUUUUUAAUUUUUAAUUGACACAUUAUAAUUGUACAUAUUUAUGGGGCACAGUGUGAUACAUGUAUACAGUGUAUAUUGACCAAAUCAGGGUAAUUAACAUAUCCGUCACCUAAAACAUUUAUUAUUUGCAUUGUAAACAUUCAAAAUCUGCUCUUCUAGCUAUUUGAAAAUAUACAAUAAAUUGUUGUGAAUUAUAGUCAACCUGUAGUGCUACAGAGAACCAGAACUCUCCUCCUCUCUAGCUGCACUUUUAUAUCCGUUAACCAACCUCUGGCUGAUAGUAUCUGUCAGAUAACAAGGUAUUUCUCUGCACACUAGUAGCAAGUAGUGUUUUUGACCUACAUUUAUGAACUGUGGGAAGUAACCAAUCAGAGUGCCUAAGACAUUCUGCCGCCGCGACACUAGUAGGAUUUACGUGGUUACUAGACCACAGCUUUUGUUGUCCAGGAUGUGGCUUCACAUCCUUGUCACAUCAUGCACACUUAUAAAAGAGGUGUGUUUUCAACCACAGGGCCAGAUACGCUCACAACUCUGUCUCUUGUAAGGUGUUUCCCAAAUGAUAUUUCCAAUAAUAACGAACUGAAGUUGAUGAAUCAGUUACUAAACCUUGAAUUUACUCUGGUUUGUUGGUUGGCUGGUGGAGUGAUGUCACUCAUUUAUCUGCAUUCUGGUAUCCUCCUCAAGGAGGGAAGAGGAAGUAGCUUACCUAGAUUAAUGUCUCUGGAGGUGUGCGUAAGAACCCUUGGGAAUAUGUUGAACACAGGACUAUCAUGGGUCAUGUCUAUCGCUUUGGUAAAAAAAAAAAAAGAUUGAACUUUUCAAAAAAUAGAUUCUGAAAUGGAGAUUUGCAUGUAGGUGCUUUAGUGGAUUUUCCUUUCGGAGAGAUCCUGAACUGAGCAAGGGGGCCAGGCCUUUGUACCCAGCCAUGGACUAGUCAUUGGAUACAGGCUGCCUUAGCGGAGAUGGGAGGGGAUGCAACUUGGGUGAGGCAGCUUGUUUGACCAGUGCCUGUGAAGGGACUCACCUGUCAGUCAACAGCAGGCAACAUUUUCAUCUAGGGGAAUGAGUGGGACCGAAGCGGGAUCUGAGUGACCCACUGCAGUAUGGAUGAUAGGGACCAUUAAUAGAAUGUCAUGCCAGAAUUAUUCUUUAAGUGUGCAGCAUGAAACUUGAGCAUUUGGUCUCCUCACCUUGCUGGGGGGGUCUACAUAUUUCUUGAGAUGUGGACCUUCCUUUAGUGUAUUGGUUUCUUUUUUUUCCCUACCAUUUUCCAGUGGUUAGCCACACGGAAGGUCAUCUACGUGAAAGUCUGGGACUUUUAUCUCUUUUGGAGUUUAGAUAAUAAUUCUGAGAGCACAGUGAUUUUUUAAAGUUUGGCUGUGUAGCAUCAUUUACAAAAUUACAGUUCAAUGCUUUGAGACAGUGGUUGCCCUUCGGAACUUGUAAAUGAUCAAGAACCAUCAUAAUGCAUGCAUUAACAGUGAGACCAGCAUGGGGUCUCAUUUUUAUUCUUAAUAGCAUACCUGUUUCAUAGAGUGCUUUUACCUGUUUUACAGAUGAGAAAGCACAGAUGAAUUUAACCCGGUUGCUUGUUGGUAAGAAUGAAAUGAAUGAUGUGCCUUUCUUUGAUAUCCAACUGCCUUAUGAAUUGGCAAUCAAUAUAUUUCAGUAUCUGGACAGGAAAGAACUAGGAAGAUGUGCACAGGUGAGCAAGACGUGGAAGGUGAUUGCGGAGGAUGAGGUGCUGUGGUACAGGCUGUGCCAGCAGGAAGGGCACCUUCCGGAUAGCAGCAUCUCUGACUAUUCUUGCUGGAAGCUCAUCUUCCAAGAGUGCCGAGCCAAGGAACACAUGUUACGAACCAACUGGAAGAAUCGCAAAGGUGCCGUGAGUGAGCUGGAGCACAUUCCUGACGCAGUUUUGUGUGAUGUACAUUCUCACGAUGGCGUGGUCAUUGCUGGAUAUACAUCAGGGGACGUGAGAGUGUGGGACACCCGCACCUGGGACUACGUAGCCCCCUUCCUGGAAUCCGAGGACGAGGAGGACGAGCCUGGAAUGCAGCCAAAUGUCUCCUUUGUGAGGAUAAACAGCUCGCUGGCAGUAGCAGCUUAUGAGGAUGGGUUUCUUAAUAUUUGGGAUUUAAGGACCGGAAAGUACCCUGUUCAUCGUUUUGAACAUGAUGCAAGAAUACAGGCACUAGCCCUCAGCCAGGACGAUGCAACUGUGGCCACAGCUUCUGCUUUUGAUGUCGUGAUGCUGUCCCCCAGUGAGGAGGGGUACUGGCAGAUAGCUGCGGAAUUUGAAGUUCCGAAACUGGUUCAGUACCUUGAAAUAGUUCCAGAAACUGGAAGGUACCCUGUGGCAGUAGCCGCUGCUGGAGAUCUGAUGUACCUGCUCAAAGCCGAAGACUCUGCCAGAACCCUCCUUUAUGCCCACGGCCCGCCUGUCACAUGUCUAGACGUCUCUGCCAACCAAGUUGCUUUUGGUGUACAGGGCCUGGGAUGGGUGUACGAAGGAAGCAAGAUCCUGGUAUAUAGCCUGGAAGCAGGACGCCGCCUCUUGAAGCUGGGUAACGUUCUCCGUGACUUCACAUGUGUCAACCUCAGCGACAGCCCUCCCAACCUCAUGGUCAGUGGCAACAUGGACGGGAGGGUGAGGAUCCACGACCUCCGCAGCGGUAACAUCGCCCUGUCGCUCGCUGCCCACCAGCUUGGGGUCUCUGCCGUGCAGAUGGACGACUGGAAGAUCGUCAGCGGAGGCGAGGAAGGCCUGGUGUCCGUGUGGGAUUAUCGGACGAACCAAAAGCUGUGGGAGGUGUAUUCUGGACACCCCGUGCAGCACAUCUCAUUCAGCAGCCACAGCCUCAUCACGGCCAACGUGCCCUACCAGACGGUGAUGCGAAACGUCGACCUGGACAGCUUCACUACUCACAGGAGACACCGGGGGCUGAUCCGUGCCUACGAGUUUGCAGUGGACCAGCUGGCCUUCCAGAGCCCUCUGCCUGUCUGCCGUUCAUCCUGUGACGCCAUGGCCACUCACUACUAUGACCUCGCACUGGCCUUUCCCUAUAACCACGUUUAGGGACGUGCCUCAGGAGCAAGGAGAAAAAUGGGAAGAACCAGUUUUAUCCACAUUAAAACUCCAGGCGGCUCUGCACGGGUGGUAAAUGUUUAGGGGAAGAAGGCGGCCCAGGGUGCUGUGCCUGACGGCAUGUGUCUCCCUGACCCUUGCACUUCCCCGGCGCCUGGGGCAACCUGGUGUAUGCUGGGGCUCAAGUCGCACAUGCUGCCAACACAAACGUAGCCUCCUUCCCCACCCAGCCGGCCACUCUGGCCUCAGCUCCCUCAGGACACCUCAGGGAUCUCGCUGUGGGGUCCCAUAUGGUCCCUGCUCAACCAGCUUCUCUGUGUUCGCCUUCCCAGCUCCAGCCCUGCAGGCCGUCUUUCCAGUCUCCAGUCCCUUCCCUCUUUUCCUCCGAGGGCCUUUGGAUGUGCUUGUCCCUGGCCUCCAAGGCAAUAACCUCCAUGUCCUUUUCCCUGUAUUUACUUAGGGUGCUCUUCUGUGACACUUGCCACCACCACCUUCCAGUAGCAAGCUGGUAGAGCAGUACUUUUUCUUCACAGCUUUUACCAUGGUUUAUAAUUAUAUACUUACACAGUUUAGUCAUUAAUGACUAUUUUGCUUACUGUUGUGUCUAUGAUGUGUGUUACAAAGCAAAUAUUUUCUAAAUAUUCAUUGACUAAACAGCCAUCAAGAUGAACAGGACAGGAGAGAACUGUUCAGUGUGAUACAGAGCUGCCAUUUCCAAAGUAUUCUGGAAGCAAGCCAUUGCCUUACUCUUGAUUUUCAACAGUUCUAAACGCAACAGCAUCCACCUAAUAUACCUUCAGAAUAUCAAAGCAAAAACUGAUAGAACUACAAAGAGCAAUAAAAUCCAUUCUCAUAGCAGGCAAAUCAGUGAGAAAAACGUAAAGAUCUGGAAGAUUUACUUAAUAUCGCUAACAAGCUGGAUCCAAUAGAUAUGUAUAGAAUUUCAGAUACACAUAGAACAUGACAAAAAACCACCCUGUACGAAGGCCACAAAGAACAGGUCAGAUACGCAAAGAUUCGCACCAUACAGGCCAAAUUAUAGAACCCCUCCAACCCCCGAGACACUGCACCCUGUGGGCCGCACCCUCAGACACUGCACCCUGUGGGCCGCACCCUCGGGCACUGCACCCUGUGGGCCGCACCCUCGGGCACUGCACCCUGUGGGCCGCACCCUCGGGCACUGCACCCUGUGGGCCGCACCCUCAGACACUGCACCCUGCUUUUCUAGGAAUUGACCCCCAUGCAGAAUAGUGAGAAAUCAACAAAAAGCAACAUAAGACAAUUCCAGACACUCCCGAAUUCACUUGGAUUUAAAGAAGUUAAUAAAAACAAACUAUAAACUCUCUAGACUGGGUUGACAGUAAAAGCACUGAAUACAAAACCCAGGGGAUGAGGCUGGGAGGGGCUGGCACCUCAGCUCAGAAAAGGUAGCCGCAAUCCCAAAGCAAGCAGAAGGCAGGGGUUAAAUCAGGAUAAAAUCAGACAUUAACGGAAUAGAAAACCAAUAGUUAUUAUAAAGUCAAAAGCAGGGGUUUUUUGUUGUUUUUUUUAGGUGGAGUCUCG